AUGGUUGGAAUAGGGGUUCCAAUAUGUGUACAAUGUGGUAACAUUGCAAAUGGCAACCCUUGCCGGUGCAAGGUGGUGGGCCCAACGGUGGAGUUCCUGGCGUUUGCUGCGGCGGCGGUAGUGGAGUGGCCGGUGGGUGCUCUGAUCUAUUGUUUCCGCCACAUGAAGGGCCGCAAAAUCAUGGCUCAUCCUGCCACCGUGGUCUACCCUUCAGUCACUAAUGCUAUUCCAAUUUAAGUUGACACUUCUUA